AUGACCCUUAGCUCGGAGAUGUCCGAGGCGUCGACGCUGGCUGAGGAGACCGACAUCGAUGUGGUGGGCGAGGAGGACGAUGAGGAGGACGACGAGGAGGCACAGACCCGCCGCCGCCGCCGCUCCUACGCCGAGGACGAGGAGGAGGACGAGGACGACGACGAGGAAGAGGACGAGGAGGAUGUGGGCGAUCUCCACGCCGCCGCCCUGCUGCCGCGGUCGCCUGUGCGAGGCGGAGGCGUAGGUGGCGGCGGCGGCGGGACGGGCGGCGGGGACGCUGCCGGUGGCUCUCGGCCCCCCUCGCGGGGUGGCCCGCAGAAGGCGACGGCGGGCGGCGGUGGGGCGGGCAGUGGUGGCGGCGGCGGCGGCGGCGGCGGGGCGGGCAACGGCGGCGGCAAGAACAGCCUGGUGAAGCCGCCCUACUCCUACAUCGCUCUCAUCACCAUGGCCAUCCUGCAGAGCCCCAAGAAGAGGCUGACGCUGAGUGAGAUCUGCGAGUUCAUCAGCGGGCGCUUUCCCUACUACCGGGAGAAGUUCCCCGCGUGGCAGAACAGUAUCCGCCACAACCUCUCCCUCAACGACUGCUUCGUCAAGAUCCCCCGGGAGCCCGGCAAUCCUGGCAAGGGCAACUACUGGACGCUGGACCCCGAAUCCGCCGACAUGUUCGACAACGGGAGCUUCCUGCGCCGCCGAAAGCGCUUCAAGCGGCAACAGCUCCCGGCGCCCGAGCUUCUGUUGCGCGCCGUGGACCCCGCCGCCUUCCUCCCGCAGCCUCCGCCGCAGCCUCCGCAGCAGCCGCCUUGUGCCUACGGACCCUACGGCUGCGGCUACGGUCUUCAGCUCCAGCCUUACCACCCCCACUCCGCCCUUUUCGCCUUCCACCACCCCUCUCCUCCGCCCCGCCAGCCCCCUGCCGCCCCCGGCAGCGCCCCCGGCGCGGCGCUGCCCCCCGCCGCCGCCGCGCCGCCGGGCCCCUUGCUGCCGGCGGCCGAGCUGGCACGGACGCCCUUCGGCUACGCGCACCCGCUGGGCCCGGCGCUGGCGGCCUCGCUGCACUCCGCCAAGCCCGGCAGCGGCGCGGCGCUGUCCCGCUCGCCCUUCUCCAUCGAGAGCAUCAUCGGGGGAAGCCCCGGCCCCGGAGCGGGCAGCAGCUGCGCCUCGCAGUCGACCGCUGCACCGGGGCUGGCCCGCUCGCUGGGGAGCGCCGGGAGCGGCCUGCCCCCCGCCGCCACCCUGCCUGCCACCCCCGGCUUCGCGGCACGGAUCUCUAACUGUUAA